GCUAAGGUUUUAUGGUUUCAUUAAUGCCCCAAAUGAAAUGCGCCGAAUUUGGAAGACAGUGUGAAAAGAUAAUUGCCUUUAUCGUGUUUAUUAUGGUGUAUAUUGAAGCAGCUGGUGAGAGGGAUUCAUUUACAUAAAAAUUCUCGGUCGCUUUCAAAUUAAAGGUCUGCUGGCUACGGCUCAUUGAAGCCAGCGAUGGACGUUAGAUCGUUCUUCGCUUUUCUUUGCCUGUUUGUAGGCGAGCUAGAUGGCUCAACUGAAAGAAUCAAAUCGAGUACUCUGUGCCACACAAAGAACGAUGUGUCGUUUUACGACUUCAACACGAAAGACCUAGACGGGAAUAUGGUCUCCAUGAAUCAAUUUGCCGGCCAUGUUGUGUUGGCCGUGAAUGUGGCGACCUUUUGAGGCUUCACCUACCAAUACCACAAACUGAAUGCAUUACAAGAAACAGAAGGUGGAAAUUUAGAUUCCUGUGGACUAAGAAUUGUUGGAUUCCCGUGUAACCAGUUCGGUUUCCAAGAGCCGGGGGAAAAUCAAUACGAGAUCAUGAACGGGCUCAAAUAUGUUCGCCCGGGUCAUGGUUUUGUGCCGAACUUCCCGCUGUUUGAGAAGAGAGACGUCAAUGGCGACAAGGAGGACGAAAUCUACACUUUCUUCAAGUCCCGAUGUCCAACUCCCAACGGAUUCAUAGAUGACUUGAGCAACAUCAGGUGGUCCCCGGUUCGAAACAACGACAUCAACUGGAAUUUCGAAAAGGUGUUGAUUGAUCACAAGGGGCAGCCAAGGGCUCGUUAUACCGCUCCAUAUGAACCAGACGACAUACGGAAAGACAUCAGAGAGCUUAUCAGUGCUUGCCAGCAGGAAAACGAGAAAGCAGGAUUGGAAGAAUACAAACCACGGCUAAGGAAAUUAACUUAACUCGUUUAAAUUGUUUUUUUUCUUCCUUGUUAGCUGAUCGACAUAUUUACUCGACACUCGGAGAGCGGAUUUAUUUUCUUGUUUUCGCUUUUUUUUUUCUGUUUGUUUGUUUCGGAUUUUAGUAGGACAUGACAAUCGGGGGCACAAGGGCCGUUUUUUGACUAUUCUUCGUAAACUCACGAGAACUCCGAAUGUGGCACUCUUAGGGACCCAUAAUGUUGCUAGGCAACUAUGGUGACGAAAACCACUUGUUCUCCCAACUGAAGACAUGACAUCAGUUGUGAAGUCAGGUUCCUUAGCAACCAAUCUCAUUCCCAGGGUUCUGUCUCUUUUGCACCCUGGGAACAUGGUUGCUUAGCAGUUUCUCUGAUGAGUUACCCCUUCUAGAUUUAAGUCUGUUGACCUUUUUCCCUUCGCUGAAGUUCCAACGCUUUUUUUGAUUAACCGGCAAUGUGCACGAUGGUUUCAUUUUACUAAACUAUUAAAAUCGUUCACUUCCCUUCUUCUUGUGUUCAUUUGGGCGAUUAUUUAAAUUCCCACUGUGGUUUGAAACUUUCAUAAGUAAAGAGAAACGGGAUGAGUUCUUGGUAGUGCAGUCAAAUGCCUUCUUCGAUUCGCUGGUUUAAGUGGGCAAUUAUGGACAUUGUUAGCACAAAUUUCGUGGUAAUUUUACUUAAAGUACUAGACAAGGAAGAAAAACAGUUUGAACAAGUAAACUUCGCCACCUUUCAAAUUAUAGAAAUUUAUUUUGCUUGUAAUUUAUGAUACAAUUUAUUUAAUGUGAAAAUGUGAAUUGCCUUACGUAAAAAGCGUCCUUUUAAAUCCGACAGUGGAAAUUCGAAACAUGAAUUCCGAGUUGGUUAAAACUUCUUCGGUAAACCCGAGAAUCAGUUUAUCUUCAUUGUUUGGGAAGGUCAAUUAAGGUAUUGUGAUGUGGUUCGAGUUAAUGACAGACUGUUUGUAAACUGCUUAGUCAGUGAAAUAGUCUCGAGUGAAGUUCUUCUCUGUACGGUCUUCAAUGCAUUCAGCUGUACCAGUGUAAAGAAUUGUUUGAGCCUCUACAAUAGUACCCUAAACAGUGCAAAUAAACGGACUGAAACGCAA